CGUAACCACUCCCAUCAAACCCUUCCUUUCUUUCUGUUUUCUGGAACAAAGACAAACAGAGCGAUUGAGGAUGUCGAGGCAAACCCAGGUCGAGGAUUCCAAAUCUCAACCACCCCAAAACGGCGACGUUCCAGACGAUGAUUCGUCUCCCGUUUCACAGGACCAACCGCAGGAUCAAGAGAAGAUCCGUAAACGGGACUACAUCGACCUCCCUUCACACCCCUACAUUAUGAAGAUUUUGAACAAGCAAGGGGACCAGAUUGUUCUAUUUGCGGAUAAAGUUUGGAAGUUCACGGGUUCAGGGAAGAUGAAAUGCCGCUUCAUGUUAAUUACGGAUUUUGCAGUUUACAUUGUCGACCCUGAGACCGAUUCCCUUAAACGGAGGAUAGCCCUUGCAGCGGUUGAGAAGAUUUGUCUCAGUGAACUAAGUGAUAACUUUCUUGCAGUAAUAGUUCCUACGGAGUAUGAUUUACUUAUAGCUAGUGCUAGAAAGAAUGAAAUCAUCACUGCCUUUGUUGAAGCUUAUGAGCUCGAUGUCGUUCCUUCCAAUAGGUUUCAGUAUAAUGCUGCAUCUGACUUGGUCAAGGAAAUUGAAUUUGAGGAAGUUGAAGGGGGUGUGAAAACAAGAAUUUUGAGGAAGUGAAUCUCAUUUGUAUUUCCGUGAUACUGUCUGUAAACUUGGUAGGAGAUACAUACAGGAAAUGAUUAUUGAGCAAUUGUGUAGGAAAGGUUCUUUUGGGUAUAGCGUUUCCUUUUCCAAAGGUUAAUUGCAAUAUUAUUCUUAUAUUAGAAAAUUUAAAAGAGCAGAAAUAUAUACAUGGUUUAAGCUACAACUUUAAACCAGAUUCAGCUGGAUGUAUUCCUAUUUCGUAUGUAGCCUGUGUCCUUUGUGUUAGUCUUUAGCCAUUUAUUGUGGAAACUUCACGACUUCCUUCUGGUAUAUAUACAUUCAAUCACUUGCUCAUCAA